CCAAACCCUAGCCGAGUUCCGCAGAGAAAGGCGUCUUCGUACUCGCCUCUCGCCGCGCUGCAAAGCUUCUCCCCUCCCAUUUCCCACCGCCGCCGCCGCCCCACCCUUCCGACGACACCAUGAGGGAGUGCAUCUCGAUCCACAUUGGCCAGGCCGGUAUCCAGGUCGGAAACGCGUGCUGGGAGCUGUACUGCCUCGAGCAUGGCAUUCAGGCUGAUGGUCAGAUGCCUGGUGACAAGACUGUUGGAGGAGGUGAUGAUGCAUUCAACACCUUCUUCAGUGAGACUGGCGCUGGGAAGCAUGUCCCCCGUGCUGUGUUCGUUGAUCUUGAGCCCACUGUGAUUGAUGAGGUGAGGACUGGCACUUACCGCCAGCUCUUCCACCCUGAGCAGCUCAUCAGUGGCAAGGAGGAUGCAGCCAACAACUUUGCCCGUGGUCACUACACCAUUGGCAAGGAGAUUGUUGACCUGUGCCUUGACCGCAUCAGGAAGCUUGCCGACAACUGCACUGGUCUCCAGGGCUUCCUCGUCUUCAAUGCUGUUGGUGGAGGAACGGGCUCUGGCCUUGGUUCCCUCCUCCUUGAGCGCCUGUCUGUUGACUACGGCAAGAAGUCCAAGCUCGGGUUCACUGUGUACCCAUCUCCCCAGGUCUCCACCUCAGUUGUUGAGCCGUACAACAGUGUCCUGUCCACCCACUCCCUCCUCGAGCACACUGAUGUUGCUGUCCUGCUUGACAAUGAGGCCAUCUAUGACAUCUGCCGCCGCUCCCUUGACAUUGAGCGCCCAACCUACACCAACCUCAACAGGCUUGUGUCUCAGGUUAUCUCAUCUCUGACUGCCUCUCUGAGGUUCGAUGGUGCUCUGAACGUUGAUGUGAAUGAGUUCCAGACCAACUUGGUUCCCUACCCAAGGAUCCACUUCAUGCUUUCAUCCUAUGCGCCAGUGAUCUCUGCUGAGAAGGCCUACCAUGAACAGCUGUCAGUGGCUGAGAUCACCAACAGCGCCUUCGAGCCGUCCUCCAUGAUGGCCAAGUGUGACCCUCGCCAUGGCAAGUACAUGGCCUGCUGCCUCAUGUACCGUGGAGAUGUUGUGCCCAAGGAUGUGAACGCUGCUGUGGCUACCAUCAAGACCAAGCGCACCAUCCAGUUCGUGGACUGGUGCCCAACUGGGUUCAAGUGCGGCAUCAACUACCAGCCCCCCAGCGUGGUGCCUGGCGGCGACCUGGCCAAGGUGCAGCGUGCUGUGUGCAUGAUCUCCAACUCCACCAGUGUGGUCGAGGUGUUCUCCCGCAUCGACCACAAGUUCGACCUCAUGUACGCCAAGCGUGCCUUCGUGCACUGGUACGUGGGUGAGGGUAUGGAGGAGGGUGAGUUCUCUGAGGCCCGUGAGGACCUUGCCGCGCUGGAGAAGGACUACGAGGAGGUUGGCGCUGAGUUCGACGAUGGUGAGGAGGGUGACGAGGGUGAUGAGUACUAGACCCUUCCUGGUGCAUCUGUGUCCGGCCUGUGUGCUGCAAUUAUCCAGUGAUCUGCCCGAGUGGCUCGUACUAUCGUGCAAUGUGUUGUCUGUCGCUCUGAACUAUUGGUCGUUUGGGUGGUUUACAACAGCUGAUGUUGUAAGACUUGUAUGAUCAAUUCCCCGCUUUGCUACUGGGUUAUUAUCAAUGUCGUUGUGGUCUA